AUGAAUGUCUCCAAACACAAAUCAUACAAAAACCUCAACUCCGUCCUCUUCCCUCUCCACACUUUCUUCGCCAUCCUCACGGCACACCCCCCCCGCGUGUGGGAGCAACGGGCGUACUUCUACCGCUACCUUACGCACAUCAGCACGCUGGCAACAGAGUAUGAAUGGGCGGCGGUCCUUGAGUACCAUACGCUCUACUUCAAUCGGCGGCGGAACGAGAUGCUGGAGGGGUCAUACGAAGGAUGGGCGGAGCCUGAAAUUGGACUUCUCAGCUCCCACGUGUACCCGCACCGGAAGCCGAUCUCGGUCAGCGCCAAGGCCACGUCAAAGAAGCCGCCAAGCUCGACGGAUCCUUGCCGCAACUACAACCUGGGUAAAUGCGCGUCUCCAUGUGCAUGGGGCCGGCCCCAUAUCUGCUCUUCGCCUGGCUGUGGCAAGGAGCACCCACUCACACAACACAAAUAG